AUGCCUGGCAUCCAGACAAUUGACACCUCGCGCCACUACAACAAUUGGCCCAACGACCGAGGUUUUGAGGGAAACCAUGAACAAAAGGCCCCCGUGGAGCUCGCUGUGACUGGCCACAUCCCGUCCUACGCCGCAGGAGUCCUAUACAGGACAGGCCCAGGUCGGUACAAAGUUGACACCGAGCAUGGAAACACAUUCCAGGUCUCGCAUUGGUUCGAUGGGUUCAGCCAGACGCACCGGUUUCAGCUCGUCGCGGAGGAGCAACCUGGCGGGGGCUCGGUCAUGCGUGUGUUCUACAAUUCCCGCUUCUCAACUGAUGAUUUGAUUGAAGAGGCGCGUAAGACAGGGUCCCUGGAGCGGUUUACUUUUGGUGUACAGCGGGAUCCGUGUAAGGUUAUGUAUCAGAAGGUGCAGAGCACGUUUGAGAAGGAGAAGGAAGGGGAUACGAAGAGAGAGGAAAAAGAGCAGGAGGGCGACGAAGAUAAAGCCACUUUUCACAACAUCGGGGUGACACUCUCAGUCAACAUGCCCGGUCUGACUCCAAGUACCUCGACAUCUACCUUGACGAAUGGAGAGAAGAAAGGCUCUCGAUACAAAGAAAUAACCACCCUAUACGCCAAAACCGACAACUCCCGCUACAAGAAGAUUGACCCGGAAACCCUUGAGCCCCUCGGAAUCGCCAACCAGACCGCUCUUCACCAAGACCUAAACGGACCCCUCUCGGCCUCGCACGCCAAGUCGGACCCGGUCACGGGCGACAUGUACAACUACAACUUCUCAUUCGCCCCCAAGCCCACCUACCGUGUCUUUCGUGUCUCGGCGGAAACAGGCGAAACGACUAUCCUCGCUUCUUUCCCUGGCAGACCGACCUACAUGCACUCUUUCUUCCUUUCGGCCGACUAUGUCAUCAUUUGCACGUGGAACGCGCACUUAUCACCCGAGGGCUUCGCAAAGGGCUCGUACAUGGGAGCGCUUAAGGACUUUGACCCUUCGCUUCCGGCGAAAUGGUACGUCGUGGACCGGAAACAGGGUCGUGGUUUAGUUGCUACGUAUGAGAGCGAUGCGUUCUUCUGCUUCCAUACCAUCAAUGCGUGGGAGGAGCAGAGCACCAGUGAUCCCACGAAAACAGAUGUUAUUGCCGAGUGCGUCUCCUUUGAGAACACAGACCCCAUGAAGAAGCUCUACUACGAGCUCCUUCUCUCCUCAUCGACCGACCCAGAAGCUCGUCCAUCCGCCAAUGCCAGGAACAAUGGCGGGAAAAUACAGUCAAAGAUCUCACGUUUUCGGCUUCCGGCCAUUCCCUCCACCAACUCCGAUUCUGACUUUGGUUCAGCCCUAAGAGCACCCCUCAUCUCAACAACCCUCCAGACCCUCUCCCCCGAACUCCCAACCCUAAAUCCCAGCUAUGUAACCCGGCCCCAUCGGUACACCUACGCGGUUAUUGACCGCGGCCUCUCAACCUUCUUUGAUGGAAUCAUGAAAUUCGACUCCAUCUCCCAGGAAACGCUCAUCUGGUCCGCGCACGCGCAGUCUCCAGGUGAGCCAAUCUUCGUUCCGGAUCCGCAAGGCGAGCGGGAGGAUGAUGGCGUGCUGCUCAGUGUUGUGCUUGAUGGCUUGAUUGGGAAUAGUUACUUGCUUGUACUUGAUGCGAAGACGCUGAGUCAGGUUGGCAGGGCGAGUGUCGAAGGAGUUGUGGCAUUUGGCUUCCAUGGGGUGCAUGUGCCGAGAGAGGUUGGGGUCUCGACGGGGGACUUUUAGUUCUGUUGCUGCUGCCCUUAUUCGUGGUGUAGGAAUUGAGGAGCGGAGGUUGCUAGGUUAUGCCGAGGUUGUUCCAGAUUGUGUCGAUGUAUGUAUCUCCCGGUAAGCGCGGGCAUUGUUCGAUAUGAGUAAUUCAGAAAGCA